CUGACGGAAAUGAGAGACAUCAAUCAUGGUUCGAUGAGAUUUUAUUAUUGUGUAGGAUACGUUUUGCCAGCCAUCGUGGUCAGUCUUGCAGUGGGGGUUCGAGCUCAUCAAUAUGGAAACUAUUACUUUUGCUGGGUGUCUCUUUAUGAAAGCGUAAUAUGGAGUCUAAUUGGACCAAUUUGUCUAAUUGUAUUAAUUAAUAUCGUAAUACUAGUGUUAGCAGUUAGAGCUGCAUUCACUCUUCAAGAUCACGUUCUUGGUUUCGGAAAUUUAAGGACACUGCUAUGGGUGUCAGUAGCUGCCUUACCACUAAUGGGUUGUACGUGUAUUUUGGCAAUACUGACGGCUUCAGAACAUUACCCCAUACUCACCCCAUUAUUAUCCAUCGCAGUCUUAAUCCAUGCAGCUUUCUCUUUAGGGGGUUACUGCUUUGCAAACGCACGAGUUCGACAAAAUCUUAUCAGAUCUAUUAUGAGAUGUAUGGGUAAAAAGGUACCACUGCUUGAAACCACUUCAACUGCAGGAAUUGCCAGUACCAGCAGUCAUAAUAUUAAUGUUCAAGGUAGAUCCGCGUUGUCUUAUCGAGGGCCUGGUUUUGAAAGUACGAGACGAAACGUUGGAAUUUCAACUUCCAGCACUACAUCGCGUUCCACCACCAAAACCAGCUCUAGUCCUUACAGAAGCGAUGCUCAACUGCGUCAAACUUCUACCAGUACUUCAAAUUACAAUUCCACCAGCGAUGUGCCCUCUUAUUUGCGUGGAUUUGAAAGAGACGGAACACAUCGUCGACAUCGUGAAAGAAAUACUUUUAAGAUCUCAUAUUUAGUAGCUUGCUAG